AUGGACGAAUGUUCGAGGAUAAAAAUUGUCACAUUUCAGAAGAACUACGACGAGGCCCUUGGAAUUACAUUGAGAGUGAAUGACGCAGGCCAUUGCAUUGUGGCUAGGAUAAUGCAUGGAGGUCUUAUACACCAGCAGGGCAUCUUACACAUUGGAGACCACAUCAUGGAAGUUAAUGAUAUGAAUGUACAAGGGUUCACAGUUGAUGUUCUACAAAGAAUGCUUAGAGAUUUGUAUGGCAGUAUUACAUUGAAGAUUGUUCCUAGCUAUAGGCCACCACAGAAUCAAUGCGAGAUAUUUGUGAAAGCACUCUUCAACUACGAUCCACUGCACGAUGACCUGAUUCCUUGCCCGCAAGCUGGCAUUGCAUUCAGUGUUGGGGAUAUUUUGCAAGUUAUCAGCAAGGAUGACCACAACUGGUGGCAAGCCCGUCACUGCUGCCAGCCGGCAGGACUGAUUCCAUCUUCAGAGCUGCAGGAGUGGAGGAUGACGUGCGCGUCUAUAGAGAAAAAUAAAAAAUUCAACUGUUCUUGGUUUGGUUUGAAGCGCAAGUUGAACAGAUGCAGCAACCCAUCUUCCUCCUCCUCAUCACGCCUUCUCGACCACCAGGAAGUCUUCACGUACGAAGAGGUUGUUAGAGUUCCAUCAUUCCAUCGAAAGACACUCAUCCUACUUGGUGCACAUGGGGUGGGCAGACGGCACAUCAAGAACACCCUCAUCCACAUGUUCCCAAAGAGAUUUGCAUACCCCGUUCCACACACCACAAGAACCCCAAAGAAAGAUGAGGAACACGGAAGGACCUACUUCUUCAUCACCCACGAGCAGAUGAUGGCCGACAUAGCGGCCCACAAAUACUUGGAGUAUGGCACUCACGACGACAACAUGUACGGUACCAAACUCGACACCAUUCAACACAUACACAAGCAGGGAUUGGUUGCCAUUCUGGACGUUGAACCUCAGGCCAUGAAAACUCUUCGAAAUGUUGAAUAUUCACCGUACAUUGUGUUCGUGGCACCCCCCAACCUAUCACCAUCAUUUGAUGAAGAAAAUUUAGAGACAAUGCUGACGGAGAGCGAAGAGUUAGAAUCUCAAUAUGGAUGUCUUUUCGAUUUGAAGGUCGUCAACAAUGACAUUGACGUCACCAUUCAAAUCAUCAUCGACAGUCUAGACGAGGCUGAGACGCAACCUCAAUGGGUGCCCAUUACAUGGGUCUAUUAA